UUUUUGAACUAUAAACAUCUUAACAUGAUCUCUAUCUGUUCAAUUUCAGACAUGCUCACGAUGUGGCUUUCAAAAAGUCAGAUCUGUUCUUCAUAUGCAUGCUAAGACCGUUAUCAACUGAGAUUAAAGUAGAUGAUCUUGAAAUUCAAGCUGCCAAGUGGAUGCCUCUCAUGGAAUUUCUGGAACAACCAGUCAUCCGAGAAGACAACAUGUUCAAGAAAAUCAUUGACAUCUGCAUUGCACGACUGGGGAAGUGUUAUUGUGGAUUAUCUGCUCAUCAAGUGGUCUCAAAAUUUGAUGGGAAGUCAUCCUCCUUGUAUUACAAUGUUGUUGAGGGUGCAGAUUUCAACUGUCCAGGGGUUUGAAGCGAUGAAGCCACUCUCUAGUCCAUUAGGCCUACAUAAUAUCUAAUUUUUCUUUUUCAUUUAUAUUUAGUUGUAAGUUGGCAAUGAACCUAUAACCUACACAUUGAGAAGAUGAGACCUAGCUCCAAGUAUGUGGGUCUCAAUGCACAGAAUAGUACACUUUAUUCGGGUGUUACAGAUGAUGUAAAACAUGUAUGUCUGACUUAAAAAUGUACAUACACUAGUUCUCUAAAUGCAUCUACUGCAUGGGAGUGGAA